AUGGAAGCUAUCUCGAGACAAUUAAUUCAUGUUCAACACAAUGGAAAAAUUCAAGGUAUCAAAAUUGCUGCAGGUGCCCCAUUUAUUCUUCGCAGACGACUGUCUUUCUUAAAUGCAGACAUGCACAAUAUUAAUAAUCUACUUGAUAUUUUUAAAGAUUUUGGUAAGGCCUCUGGCCAACUAGUGAACUUUAACAAGUCCAGUAUUUAUUACACUGUACAUGUGCCACAGAGGUUUUGUAUAAUGCUCACUAGAAGACUAAAAGUACCUAGAAUGAAUUCUCAUGAAAGGUAUUUGGGUCUACCUCUCCUUAUUGGGAAGAAGAAGAUCGAAUGCUUCACAAACCUGGUAGAAAGAGUUAAAUGCAGAUUAUCAAAGUGGAAUGGAGAGUCUAUGUCACAAUGCUGUAAAUCAUUAAUGAUAAGAACAGUAACCAAUACUAUACCUUAUUAUACAAUGAGUUGUCUUCAAAUACCUGUGGAUAUCAUCAAACAAAUUGAUACAAUGCAACGGCAUUUAUGGUGGGGAUUCACAGAGAAAAGAGAAACCUAUAUCACUUCUUGGAAGAAGCUUGGAUUGCACAAGAAUCUGGGUGGACAGGGGUUCAGAGAUUUAAGGAUUCUCAACCAAGCACUUCUUAUCAGAGCAGCUUGGAGAAUGUGUAGUAAUCCAGAUAAGCCAUGGGAAAAAGCUAUGCAAUCCAAAUACUUCCCUUCAACUAGUAUGAUUCAUGCAACUCCAAAAUCAAGUUGUUAUUGGGCAUGGAAGGGGGUGCAGAAAUAA